AUGGCCAGCAAGAACAGUCAACCCUACGCCUUCAACCCCGCUGGAGUAUCCCCACCCCCUCCAACAUAUAAGCAUGUUGCCGUGACGCCUCUCCUCCCAACCAGCAAGCUCAUCACUCUAGCCGGCCAGAUCGGCGUAGACUCUACGGGCUCGUUCGUCUCGCAAACAAUCAAAGGGCAGGCACCCCAGGCCUACGCCAACAUCAAGGCUUGUCUCGCCGCGGCCGGUGCGACGCCUCGCGAUAUCGUGCACGUCAGACACUACAUUGUCAAGGAGACUGGAGAUCCAGAGACGGACCGUCUGGGCGUGGUGGAUCGUGGUUGGGGAGAAGCAUGGAUGGAAUUCAUGGACAGGGAGGCGCAGGGCCAUCGACCUCCUGACACGGUCGUGGGAGUUGCGAGUCUGGCAAAGAAGGCCAUUCUCUAUGAAUGUGAGGUUUCGGCCAUUGUGCACUAG